UUAAAGUAGUGAAAAAUGGUCCCAUAUCCACCAGGACCAGAACCUUUCUAUCGUUAUGUCAGUGACAUUGUCAGCAAUUGGCAGUUGUCUCCAACAAAAUCUCCCAUCAUCAUUGGAGUCAGCGGCCCUCAAGGAAGCGGUAAGUCCUUUGCAGUGGAUCAAGCAGUUGCCUUUCUUUAUGCUCAGUUUCCCCACGUCAAGGUAGCACAGAUGUCAAUGGAUGACGUUUAUCUCACUCAUGCGCAACAACAGUUGUUGACACAGAAGUCCAUUGAACAAAUGGAUAACAACAGGCUUGUGCAAGGAAGAGGGCUCCCGGGGACUCACGACUUGGAACUUCUUGGGGAUGUUCUUCACAAAAUCCGCAUAAGGGACGAGGUUGCCAUACCCAGGUACGAUAAGUCUGCUUUCAAUGGCGAGGGUGAUCGGGCUCCACGAGAAACAUGGACGGUUUACACGAAACAACAAGCGGUGGAUGUGCUUCUAUUUGAAGGUUGGUUCAACGGAUACCUUGCCAUACCCGAUGAGGAAAUGUCAAAACGAUAUAAUGCUUUGCCAGCAGACAGUGCCUCGAAAACGAAUACUCUUCAGCACAUGCUACAGGUCAACGACUUCCUCAAGAAGUACGGCAGUGUUUGGUACCGCUUCGACUACUUCAUUAACUUUGAAACAGAAGAUAUUAAUAAUGUGUACAAAUGGAGGUUACAACAGGAACAUGAUCUUAUCGCCAAAAGGGGGUCAGGAAUGACGGACGCACAGGUGGCUCUGUUUAUCAGCCGGUAUAUGGCCAUGUACGAGGUGUACUAUGAAGACCUUUGUCGCAGUGGUUCUUUAGUGGAGGACACUGACUCCUUCAAUAUUAAGAUCAACUUGGAAAGGAGAGUACUCGUUUGAGUUUGUGACAUCACUGUUUCAGAUCCAAGGCAGGGAAGUCGAUGGUGGCAGAAUGUGUCCGCAAUUCCUUCAAUUUCUCUUGUACGAUGCUAUUGGAAGUGCCAGUUUUCUAAUCCCACUGUUCAUAACCAUACCACUCUCCGUCGGAAUUGACGGUCUUUGUCUUGUAGCUAUCAAUACAAGUACUACU